UAAACCGGGAGAUGACCUUAUACACUACUGCAAAUACGAGACUAUGGAUCGUGAAAAAUUUGUGCGGGGUGGUAUUUCUACAUCUCAAGAGAUGUGUCUUAAUUAUUUAUUUUACUAUCCGCGAAUGGUGAAUGCCACAUCAUAUUGCAACAGUGUUCAAACCAAACCAGUGCACGACUUUAUUGAGAAGCACUUUCCAUCCUUAAAUUUGACAUCGGAGUGGUCUAAUCCCCUGAUUGGCAGGAAUGUUAAAUGGACAAAUGAAAUGGUGGCAGACUUAAGGAGAGGAUACAAUCAGGCUAAAUCAUUCAUUUCAACUUGUCUCUUGGAAAGAUUUACUAACUAUACAUUACCGGUUCCAGAGAUCACCCAUCCCCAACCUCAGCCAAAGUCAGAUUGUCCUGAGCGCACAACUCCAGUGGAGAGUAACUCGUUCUUGGUAGCUGCUUCUCGCACGGUAGUUCUGUCACUGUUAACUUCUUAUCUGAUGUUCUUGUGAAGUCCAUAAUAUACCGCAGACUGUAGCUAUAUCAACACAAAAUAUAUCAGACUUCUCACUCAAAA